GGAUACACAGAACACAGCCUAGGGGAUUCCUGCCUCGGGCUCUUCUUCCUCUUUUCCGCCCCCAAAUCUUUUAUCCAUCUGUGACUUUUUUCCUCGCAGCCGUCCCAGCCUCCGCCCUUUGUCUCCUAUCUUGGGGCAAUGGAUCCCUCAGGUCACGUGACGGGAUGGGGCUCGUGACUUCGGACCCUCCCGGGAGUUCUGGCUAUCUCCUCUACCUGCUCCAUCUCUCUCCUUCACUCCGCGUCUAGCCAUUGACUUGCAAAGAUGAUGUGCGGGGGAGCUUCAGCCACCAAGCCGGCUACUGCUGAAACCCAGCGGAUCGCAGACGCGGUGAAGACAGAGCUUGAAGAGAAAGAAAAUAGGAAGUUCCCAAUCUUUAAGACUAUAGAAUUUAAAAGUCAAUUGGUUGCUGGAGUAAACUACUUUAUUAAGGUCCUUGUUGGUGAAGAGGAAUUUAUACAUUUGAGAGUAUUCCAAAGCCUUCCUCAUGAAAAUAAGCCAUUGGAACUAUCAAGUUAUCAAACCAACAAAGCCAAGACUGAUGAACUGGCCUAUUUUUAAUGCACUAUUUUGAAUAGUGACCCUUUUUUCUUUUAUAUGGGUAUAUUAUAUACACCAUAUAAUAAGGUAUUAAAAUUUGGGACAAUAAAAGAAAUCUACUCUUUAA